GUUCUUUGCAGGAAUAGAAGACUACACUGCGUUCCUUAGCGAAUCUUGCCUUUUCUUGCCCCACGACUAGUUACAGCAGAAUGUUCACCACGCCGAGUACAGGGCUCGUCUUUGACUACAGAGAAGAUGGAGGUGAAGUUAGGAACGGCACCAAAGAACCUUUAACUACCUUUACGGAGAAGCCCUCACGAAAUGAUUCAUGUGGGGAGCAGAUGUUUGACCUGAGCCUAGUGGAGACAGUCGUUAUUGGGAUUACUCUGUCUAUCAUCACUGCAGUAACUGUCAUGGGGAACACACUGGUAGUUAUAGCGGUAUGUGUGGUCAAAAAACUUCGUCAGCCCUCCAACUACCUGCUUGUGUCUUUGGCUGUUGCAGACCUUUCUGUAGCGCUGGUCGUAAUGCCUUUUGUUAUCGUAACCGACCUGACUGGAGGUAUUUGGCUGUUUGGAGAGGUUUUCUGCAACAUCUUCAUCAGCAUGGAUGUUAUGUGUUGCACAGCAUCAAUAAUGACAUUAUGUGUCAUCAGCGUAGACAGGUACCUGGGCAUCACACGGCCUCUGACCUACCCUGCCAGGCAGAAUGGGCAGCUGAUGGCCAAGAUGAUCGUGGGCGUGUGGCUGGCAUCGGCCUCCAUCACUCUGCCCCCGUUCUGCGGCUGGGCCCAGAACAUCAACGCGGCCGGCGUGUGUCUGAUCAGCCAGGACGUGGGCUACACGCUCUACUCCACGGCUGUGGCCUUCUACAUCCCCAUGGCCGUCAUGCUCAUCAUGUACUACAAGAUCUUCAGGGCGGCCCGCAAAAGUGGAGCCAAGCACCGCUUCACCGCCCUGCCCCCCCGCCCUUGGCAUGAGCCCCCACUGGACUGCGGCGUGGCGUCUGGAGAGGGGUUUAGUCUGCAGGGCCUGCGGCUGGCCCCCGCGCCGAGGCCGCCGGGGGAGGAGUGGUCGGCGAUAGCGCGCCUGCUGCACCACGAGCGGCGCAGCGCCUCCAUCUUUCGGCGCGAGCAGAAGGCGGCCACCACGCUGGGGGUGAUCGUGGGCGUCUUCUCCGUGUGCUGGCUGCCCUUCUUUGUGUUCACCACAGUGCGGCCGUUUGUCUGCGGCGUGCUGUGCAGCUGCGGCCCCACCUGGCUGGAGCGCACGCUCCUCUGGCUCGGCUACGCCAACUCGCUCAUGAACCCCUUCAUCUACGCCUUCUUCAACCGUGACUUGCGCUCCACCUACCGCGACCUGCUCCGCUGCCGCUACCGCAACAUCAACCGCCGCCUCUCCGCCAUGGGAGUGCACGAGGCCCUCAAGGUGUGAGGGAGGGCGUGGCAGGCGGCGCUGCCGGUGGGUGUGUGGGGCUGGAGCGGUCUUGCCAGGCUGUCUGUCUGUGUGAUGGCAGCCAACAUUGGCAGUGCACUCCCCUAGUGUCUGGAGUCAAAGAGUAGACAGUUGUUGCUUUGGCUCCCCGUGCGAGAGCUUGGCGUGAAUUUAACUUUACUGUGGUGCUCCAAGAAUUCCCAGGAUCCAUUACUGAACGGCAACUGCACUGAAGGAAAAACCCCCUGAAUCUCUCUCUCGUUCCCAAUCGCGUUCUCUCUCUCGCCUCGUGCGUUCACUGUCUCAGAAGAAAGUCUUAUUUUGAAACAUGAAUAUUUAUACUCUGAAAUUCUCUUUGAUGAACAUCCAAAGCUAAAGAGUGUAUUUCCCUGCCAAGCUGGAAAGCUGAAAAUGAGGACAGAGAUUCUUUAAGGAUGCUCUAUGCUAAACAGGUCAAAGGUGAUAUUUAUGUAUGUACAUCCUGUUUUAAUCUAUAAAUACAGUGUUUUAUGUUUGGUCAUAUAGGUUAGUGAUUGUCAAUAUAUAUGAUCAACAUGUUUGGGAACAUAACCUGGUGUAGUCUGUAAAUUGUUUCAUCUUGAGUAUCAGUGGUGCUGUUUCCGUAAAUAUUCAGUGAAUUUGCAUGAAUGUUUUAUACAGACUGGCAAAAUUACCCAUGCUGGAAGAUGCUGUAAAUUACUGUAAAAUACUUUUACGUCCUGAUAGCUAUCACUAAAAAGAUGAACCCAUAUCUCCAGGAGUCUGCUAAGCAUUAUAAUCAGCAGCCAAAAAAAACAACAAUGGGUGUCUAUGGCAACCAAUUGAGAAAACUCCAAAGUGGCGGGCAUCUAUGCCUGUCAAUAAAGUUAGAUGUGCAGACCAAGGUAGGAGGUUGACUCCCAUGGUAGUUAAACCUGGCAGAACUUAACAAGACCCUGCUGACAUAGCCUAUAAUAGUUUUAAGGUCAGGCUUUGUAAUAAUUGCUGUGAUAGUAAUAUAGACCUCCCUUGAUAUUGCAUCAUACUUAUCACUAUCACUUCAACUACUGUACAACAUUAAUGUUAUAUUAGUACUGUGCUGUGUGAUAUUGUUUCAACAGGACAUGAGAAAAUGCCUGAAAAUAAGUUUUAGAGCAUCCUAUUCCAUUGAUGGGAUUUUGUUGUGACAAUGCAAGUUCAAGUUUCAAGUUUAUUGUCAUGUUCUCAUAAAAAGGCAUUUAUCAGUAAUGAAAUUCCUUUUGCUCAAGUGUCUGCUCAACUUAAAGGAAUAAAUUAGGUACAAGAAUGUAAACGUUAGAAAGAAAAUACGAAAGACAGGAUGAAGAAGAUAUAAAUUAAAUGAAAGUGGCAAGUGCAAGUGCAAGAGUUUGUCGAUGUUAAAUGUGAGGGGGCGUAGGGCAGUUCAGCAGCCGGAUGGCAUGAGGGUAGAAACGGUCUUUGAAUCUGUCGGUACGGGUCCGUAUGCUUUUGUACCGUCUGCUGUCUUGAUUUCAAAGUGAAGACACAUCUGUCUGGAUGCAAGUAGAUGAUACAGUGAUAGGAAUGCUACUGCUUAGCCCUUUUCUCCAGUGAGGUUUGUAUUUGACUAAAUUGAAGUCAUCAAUCCCCCUUAUCUCUUGCUGUGUCUGAUGUCCUGUGUUGCACAGUAUCCUCUCUUGCUUCGAAUGGAUUCUAGGAUUAGAUGUGAGGUGAUAUCUAUCAGACAGUGUAAAUUGUGUUGUAAAUCUGUAGUGGUGAUGUAUGUUUAUUUGUAUAUUUUUAAAUAAACC